AUGUUGCCCGUGACCUUGACUCCUACUGCCAUGCUUGGCCUUUUCGCCGCUGCUGCGGCCCAGCUCACCUCACAGUGUCAGUUUGUCCGCUUCUCGCCCGGGUUCGAUCCUAAUGACCCAAUAUCGUACACGGCCCGGUGCGCGAGGGUGCCAGGCGAGCCUGCCGAGGUAUGCUCCGAGCUUCGUCUCGAGCAUUGUUUCACCAAUAACGAUGGCAGUCUCGGGGCUGCGAUCGAUGACAAUGCGGAGCGCUUCACGAGCUCCUGCCCGAGCUGCAACGUCGAUUCGAGCGGAACAAUCAUGUUUUGCAUCUGCGAGCGGUUGAGCAAGUCAUACGUCUACACAUCCAUCAGAUUAGGCGACUUCAUCACGGUUCACGACGGCUUGUUGGCCUGCACAACCACGGUCGCGCGCCAGAUAUCCGAAUGUCCAGUUUCGUGGAUCGGAGGUCCGCCUAGGCGACGCCACUUCGUCGGGUGA